AUGCAAAUUGUCCAAGCCAAUGGCCCCAUACCCUAUGCGAAUGGUAUAUAUUUCGGCCCUAAUGACCCCAACCCUGUAGAGUAUCGGCAGCCCGAGCCUCAAGAAUCGGUGCCUCCUGUUCGCGGUGGAUUCGUCGACUCAGAAGACGAAGGAGUUUGGCCCUUUCCGGAGAACAUGCAGGAAGAUCCCGGGCCGGAAAACCAUCACGAGAUGCUGAUGGAGACCUGCAUAAUUGUCGUCACGCAGUUGUCUCGUCAUGCCGGCAUCAUAGAGCUGAGGGAUUACUUACUCUGGGGAGCGGGAGGCAGGAGAAAGCUCCGGGAGGCAAUCCGGCAUUCUCGACCAGACGAGAACAGUCAUAUCCAACGUGCAUAUAUGAUUUUCUGGACUCGUGAAGAUGCGGCAGCGGCUGUUUCCAGGCUUGACAAGGAUGUUUUCCACGGACUCUCUGUUGAGGCAAGGUUCACGGUUGAGACCGUGCCUCCUUGGCCGACGGGAGCAGAAAACAACGCGCCCGCAAACUGA